AUGUCACUGAAGCAGCUUCCGCUGACUAUCAUCGUCGCGGCAACACCCAACAAUGGGAUCGGCAACGCUGGCGGGUUGCCAUGGCCCAUGCUCAGGAAGGAGAUGGCGUACUUUGCGCGUGUCACCAAACGUGUGCCAAUGCCCAAGAACACCGGCUCCCGAACUCGUCGCAACGCGAUAAUUAUGGGACGAAAGACCUGGGACAGCAUACCGCCCAAGUUCCGACCACUGAAGGAUCGAACGAACGUCGUAAUCAGCAGCCAGCACCGCGAGAAUCUGGAAGGUAUUACGGACGAUGUCGUCGUGGCGCAAGACGUUCCAGCGGCCCUACAUGCGCUCGAGCAGCACAUCUCUGCUGGUCAAGCACCGCCUGUAGGUCGUGCGUUCAUCAUUGGAGGCUCACGCAUCUACGAUGCCGCAUUGAACAUGCCGCAGACCAGAUCUAUACUUCUCACACGGAUACUGAAGGACUACAACUGUGACACCCACUUCCCGGUUGACUUGUCGAAAGCUUCCAGCUGGGUGUUGAAAAGCCUCGCCGAACUGGAACACUUUGUGGGUGAGGAUGUUCCGGAGCAACCCUUGACAGAGUCUACCAGUGGUGAAGAUGUGUCUUUCGAGUUCCAGCUGUUCGAACGCGAAUGA